AUGGUUCACAUCUUCACGGACUCCUUCACGCACAUCAUUGACGGCAAGCCCGCUACCUCGCCCACUGCUGCACCAGUCAUCGACCCCGCAACGGGAGAGGUCUUCGCACAAGUUCCUGUCGCGACAUAUACCCAACUCGAGCAGACCGUCGCCGCCGCCGACAGGGCGUUCGCCUCUUGGAGCGCUAAGAGUUGGCAAGAGCGGGGGGAUGUGCUGCAUGCACUCGGUGCCCUCAUCGAGCGCCAUGCCGAACAGUUUACCAACCUAAUCAUGCGGGAGGUCGGGAAAGAUCGUGGCAGCGCUGCCUUUGAGGUGGACCUUGCGGCGCAGGCCAUCUCCGGAUUUGCGAACCACAGGCUCGAGGACGAGAUUGUGACGAAUGAUCACGGGAGAUCAACCAAGGGCCGGUAUCGACCAUAUGGAGUGUGUGCUGCUGUUAUCGCAUUCAAUUUCCCCCUCAUAUUCACCAUCCUCAAGCUAUCCCACGCACUCUUAGCUGGGAAUUGUCUUAUCCUCAAGACGGCGCCGACUACGCCAUGCGUUCCUCUGAAGUUCACGGAGCUCGCUCAGUCGAUAGUACCCCCAGGCGUGCUGUCCGUUCUCUAUGGUGGAGACGACUUGCGUCAAGCCCUCACCCUCGAGCUCGGCGGAAACGACCCGGCGAUCGUGCUUCCCGACAUUGACGUGAAGAAAGUCGCCCAACGGCUGUUCAUCGGCGCGAUAAAUAACGCUGGGCAGCAAUGCUUUGCCAUGAAGCGACUCUUCAUCCACGAGGACAUCUACGACGCUGUCCGAGACGAGAUAGUGACUCUAGCACGACAUGCAAAAGUCGGCAAUCCCUUCGAUCCCGAGACGAUCAUGGGCCCUGUUCAGAACCAGCGGGUGUACGAGAAACUGAAGAGUCUCAUCGCCGACUGCAAGGCGCACGGAUACAAGAUCGCAUAUGAGGGCGAAGCCGGGCCUGCCGGAAGCAAAGGCUACUUCAUCCCCAUCACGGUCAUCGACGACCCUCCGGACGACGCCAGAAUCGUCCGCGAAGAACAAUUCGGCCCCAUCAUUCCGCUGCUGAGAUGGAAAGACGACGAAGAGGUGAUCACAGUGUCUCACGACCACGGCGUGGACUUUACCGCAGAUGACACCGAGUACGGCUUGGACGCGUCGAUCUGGGGCUCCGACAUGGAACGCAUCCAGAAGAUCGCGGAUAAGGUAUACGUCGGGACGGUGUGGAUCAACGAAUGGGCCGCGAUGACGGGCGACCUUCCUAUGAGGGGUGUGAAGCACUCCGGGAUAGGCGUAGAGAGCUCUAAGCACGGGCUUGCCGAAUGGGUCUACACCCAGGCAUUCGUUUGCAGAGAAUCGCUGGAUGGCCCCUAG